UUGUUUUUUCUUAUAAACAUCGUCUAUCAGCUGAGUGAAAUAUAUCUGCAAUUUUGUUUUGACCAACAAAAAAAAAAUUAUUUAUUUUUGAUAUCAACCGCAAUGAGUGCAGAAUAUGAAGAACAACAAGUCGAUAUUAGUUUAAGCGUACGUAAAAAAGUAAGUAUAGUGUGGCGGUAUUUCGAGAAGUUGGAUAGGCUACGAGUUCGAUGUAGACUGUGUCAUCACGAGCAGAACUAUCAAGGCACAACUGGAAAUAUUUUACGGCAUUUGAAAAAUAAGCAUAAUAUCGAUGCAACUCUUAAAGGCCAACAAGCUAUCCAUCGUCGGGUUACUAAAUUUGAUAAUGAACUGGAACUAAAGACAAACACGAAGGCAGUUGAUCAGGACUCCAUCAAUAGUAUUAACGGGCAAACAAAUGAUAUUAAGGGUGAACAAAAACACGAACAAGAGUUUUUAGAUCCAUAUACAGGCAAUGCACUUUCUUACAAUUACGCAGACGAGAUUUCGGACAAAAAUAGCAAAGGAGCCACCCUGGAUAAAAUAAAAUGUUCUCCUGAAGAAGAACGAAUAAUAGCAGAAAUAGAUUACUUCCGUGAAAAAGCUGGUUACUAUAGAAUGCAAAAAAAUCUUAUUGCAUUGCAAGCGAAAAAAAUCAAAUAUGAACUUGAACGUUUAUAACGAUGUCAUUCAGCUUGUUACUUAGAUGUUUAAAAAAAUAUUUUUAAGUUUUUAUUUAGUUAUUUAAGCGUAGUAGAAUUUACUACCAAAUAUUCGUUUCUCUAGAGUUUGUAGUCUUAAAAAAAAAUAACCAUAAGCAAGAAAUCUAAAAGGGUUUUAUGAAUAGAUACGAGGAUUUUGCUAAACGAUAUAUUCUGGCUCCUAUAAAGCAGCAGUGUCUCUUAAUCUGUUGAAAUGUAUGCAAUACGGAAUAAAUGAUAAUUUUUACGUUAAA